UACUAGUGACGGGUGGUUGCAAUCUUGUUGGGGGAAAGAAAAAAGCUCGAAAAGCGGAGAGAAAAUGGCGAGCCAUCUCGUAUUGCUUCUGAUCAUCUCUUUCGUUUUCUCCACUUCAUCCUCCUCUCCGUCACCUCGUUUUCCUCGCCAAACUCUCCAGAGCCGAGCCAGAACCCAGCCGUCACGGGGAGGAGAUCGAAACUCGUACCGAUACGAGACGAAGUAUUUCUCCCAGCAGCUCGACCACUUCAGCUUCGCGGAUCUUCCGAAAUUCUCGCAGCGUUACUUGAUCAACUCCGAUCACUGGACCGGCGCCUCUGAGCUCGGACCUAUCUUCCUCUACUGCGGCAACGAAGGGGAUAUCGAAUGGUUCGCUACGAACUCUGGAUUCAUUUGGGAGAUCGCUCCCAAGUUUGGGGCCUUGCUUGUUUUCCCUGAGCAUAGGUAUUAUGGAGAGUCUAUGCCUUAUGGAAACAGGGAAGAAGCUUACAAGAACGCUACCACGUUAUCGUAUCUCACAACCGAGCAAGCUCUUGCGGAUUUUGCUGUGUUUGUUACUGAUUUGAAACGGAACUUGUCUGCUGAAGCAUCUCCAGUUGUGUUGUUUGGAGGAUCAUAUGGUGGAAGUAAGUCAAAGAAAGAAUCAUAUGAAUGUUUUUUUUUUUUUUUGGGAGUGAGUUUGUUGUUAUUGAUUGAUGCAAUGUUGUUAACAGUGUUGGCAGCAUGGAUGAGGCUCAAGUAUCCUCACAUUGCAAUUGGAGCAUUGGCUUCUUCAGCUCCGAUUCUUCAGUUUGAAGAUCUUGUACCUCCUCAGACGUUUUAUGACAUUGUAUCUAAUGAUUUCAAGCGUGAGAGUAGUAGCUGCUUUAGUACCAUAAAGGACUCCUGGGAUGCAAUCAUAGCUGAGGGUGAGAAGGAGAAUGGUCUUCAGCAGUUGUCGAAAACUUUUCAUUUUUGUCGGGCGUUGAACAGUACAGAUGACCUUUCAGGCUGGCUGGAUUCUGCUUAUAGUUAUUUGGCAAUGGUGGACUAUCCGUACGCUGCUGACUUUAUGAUGCCUUUGCCUGGGCAUCCCAUUAAAGAGGUCUGUAGAAAGAUUGAUGGGGCUAGUAGUGAUGCUAGCAUCCUAGAACGCAUAUAUGCAGGAGUAAGUGUGUACUACAACUAUACUGGGAAGGUUGGCUGCUUUGAGUUGGAUGAUGACCCUCAUGGUUUGGAUGGAUGGAACUGGCAGGCGUGCACGGAGAUGGUAAUGCCCAUGUCUAGUAGCCAAGAAAACAGCAUGUUCACAACUUACGAUUUCAAUUACUCUUCAUACAAAGAGGAUUGCUGGAAUACAUUCGGAGUCAAUCCAAGGCCUAGGUGGGUCACAACAGAGCUCGGUGGACAUGACAUAGAGACCACAUUGAAGUCGUUUGGAAGCAACAUCAUUUUCUCAAAUGGUCUGUUAGAUCCGUGGAGUGGUGGCAGUGUUCUGAAGAACUUAUCCAGUACCAUUGUUGCUCUUGUCACAGAAGAAGGUGGACAUCAUUUGGAUCUACGACCUUCAACUCCAGAAGACCCAAAAUGGCUAGUGGAACAGCGAGAAGCCGAGAUACGGUUGAUCCAAGAGUGGAUCAGAACAUAUCGACUAGAAAAAGUAGCUCAGUUUUCUUUGUUAAAAAGUUCAUGGUAAAAUAACACAUAUCUAGUAAGAGAAUGUUGUCUGUUAAAACGUUCUUGGUAAGAUAACAAUGUAAAAGAAUAUUCUCACUCAGUUCAUGCAUGCCCACAAUAAAACUCAGAAGCUGCAAACGCUGUAACACAUCGGUGUUUGAAUAAAUCUAUGCAAAGCUCUCGGUGUUCACUA